CAUUGACGCGUGUUCAACUGACAUUUUUGCCACGAACCUUCCAAGAAUUCGUAUUCCGAUUCAGUCGCUCACUGUUGAUAAGAUUGUUUUGUUGUUUAAUUAGUAGUUAAGAAACAUGGCGGACAGUAGUUGUAACGGAAAACGAAAAAACGGAGAUUCUUGCGACACGGAAACAAAAAAGCAAAAGAAAACAGCGUUGGUUACCGGCAUAACUGGUCAAGAUGGUUCUUACCUGGCCGAACUACUCAUCGAAAAAGGUUACGAGGUUCAUGGUAUAAUACGAAGAGCUAGUCAGCCAAACACAGCACGGAUAGAACAUCUGUAUGCAGAUCGAGCAACACACAAAGAGGGGAGCAUGAAACUGCAUUAUGGUGAUCUCACUGAUAGUAGUUGUCUCGUUAAAAUCAUUAAUCAGGUUAAACCAAAUGAGAUCUACAAUCUCGGUGCAAUGAGCCACGUGAAGGUGUCGUUUGAUUUAGCUGAAUAUACAGCAGAUGUUGAUGGGGUUGGUACGUUAAGGUUGCUUGAUGCUAUACGAACUUGUGGAAUGAGCGACUCAGUAAGGUUCUAUCAAGCUUCAACAAGUGAGAUGUUUGGAAAGGUCCAGGAAAUCCCGCAAAAAGAGACGACCCCGUUUUACCCUCGAUCCCCGUAUGCUGCCGCAAAGGUGUACGCAUACUGGAUAGUUGUGAACUACCGUGAGGCGUAUGGCAUGCACGCAAGUAAUGGUAUUCUGUUUAACCAUGAAAGCCCAAGAAGAGGUUUUAACUUCGUGACGAGGAAAAUUACGCGGAGUGUCGCGAAGAUACAUCUAGGAUUACAAGAAUUGAUAACUCUUGGUAACCUUGAUUCGAAGCGUGAUUGGGGUCAUGCACGUGAUUAUGUGAAAGGGAUGUGGAUGAUGAUGCAGCAUGAUGAACCAGGAGAUUAUGUUUUAUCGACCAACGAGACACACAGUGUACGAGAGUUUGUUGAGAAAUCGUUCAAGCACAUCGGGGUGGAACUUGAAUGGCAAGGAGAGGGUGUGAAUGAGAUUGGUGUAGAUAAAUCUACAGGGGUUAAGCGAGUUCAAAUAAGUGAGCGAUAUUAUCGACCCACCGAAGUUGAAUUUCUUCUCGGAGAUUAUUCCAAAGCUAAGAAGGUUCUUGGUUGGUCACCUGAUAUUAAGUUUAACGAGUUGGUGAAAGAAAUGGUGGAAGCUGAUAUCAAUCUCAUGAAGAAAACACCAAAUGCUUAAAUCAUAAACUUGGGACUUCGGGGUCAUGAACUUAUGACUUCGGGGUCAUGAACUUAUGACCUCGGGUCAUGAACUUGUGACUUCGGGGUCAUGAACCCGUGACCGCAGGGGUCAUGGUUUUACAGUUUUUUGCCCUGUUUAUAACCUAUUGCUUGUAUCUAUCUGCUUUAAGGUACCUUAGUAGCUUAAUGUAAAUUCUCAAUCUAUACACACUCUCAUGUUACUUGAUUUUUUUUACUUCAAACACAAGUUAUUUGUUCUUCAAAAAAUUUUAACUUCAUUUUUUUAAGCAGUUUUCAUUGUGAUAUAACUUCAACUAUUCACCUUAUGUCUUCAUGAUAACAUUGUCUUCAAUAUGAGUUGUUUCAGCAAAAUGUCUCGUUUUUUUGUGGGUUGGAAAAUUGUUCCUGUUAAAACUUAUUUACCUUUAAACACCUGAAAUAAUCGGUGCAGCUAUUUCUUACUGUUUAACACUAUUUAUAUAACUUUGGCUUAUAUAACUAUAUAAAUUAUAACUUUUAUAUAUUUAGCAAAAUUUCAAUUAGAAAAUAAACAAUUUAUAAAUCACCUGAAAAAUGGUGCAACCUGUUCAAAAUUAUUGUUUUAACAACUUUUCACAAACUACUUGUCUAUAUAGUAGGUUGGGGUAAGAUGGUCAAUCUUUUCAUUUUAUUUUCUGGUAUCAUUUUAUAUUAAACAAAAAAUUGACCAUUUUAUAAAACUGUAUCCUCACGAUUCUAAAGAUGUUGUUAAUUGUUGAAACACGAUUAAGAAAUAUGGGAUAUUAUUUGCAAACAGUACCCAUCUUACCCCACAAUACUAUAUUUCUCUUUUCAACUGAACAAUCUAAGCCAUUUUAUUUCAACGAUUAUUUCUUCAUGAAGCUUAUUAUGCAGUUCUGUAGCUUAUUUAGGACCGUGUGUUUUACCCAGCACUUUAUAAUAUAAACUGUCUCUCCACAAAACCGUUUGUGACGUAACAAACCAAACUAACGACUUCCUUUUCCAGUAUGGUGCUCUGUUACCUUAUAUAUACAUGGGCGUUCUAUAUAUUGAUAACAAUUCCAUAUUUCCAGUGUGUUUGUUCCGUGUUGUAUAUACCGUGUGUAGGAUUAGCAGUAAUUGAUAUAAUAAAAGCUGAAGCUAGUUCA